CUAAUAAAUAAACACUGAGAUAACUACGACCACGACAAACAAACGCGUCAUUGCGAUAUAAAAGUCUCUCCGGUGACUAAUGCAUCUCGCGGAUAUCUCAUUAGCGUAAUAAUUGUCCGCCAUUCGUUUUAUAGCAACCUCCGGUAAACCCAUCUUUGCCGUUCAAAUCACGGACAAUACAAACAAUACCCCGCGCGAAUUUGUACAGUGUUGCGCUCUAGCGGUGAACGCAAGUACGACCCCACCUGUUUGACAAGAUCUGUGGGCGCAGGUGAGUGGGGGAGGUAGGUUUCAGACGUUGCGUUUUCGUUGGGAAAAAAAUCGACCGCGCCCGAAGUAGACCGUUCAAAACCCCUUGCGGUGCUGUCCGAGGUGCGGGAAUCGUCGGGAAAGCUUCCAAGCGCGGCUCAAAGUACGUGAAAUUGUAAGCGCGCCCGAAACGGUCGCGAAACCGUUGGCAGAACAAUGACGUACCGUAGUUGAUGCUAGCGUGCAGCAGCAGCGUUGUGUGGUGUAUAGGGGGUUUUUAAAUGCAAGAUCGCGGGUCAAAAUGUACGAAACGAGACGGACGUUUGCCCGUAUUUUGUGCGUCGUAUUGUUGUGCGCGGUUAAAUGUGAGCAGGACGCAAGCUUCACCGAACAUUCUGGCGGUACGGUGAUCGACGAGAGGGUGGUUUUUACGAAAAACGGCAGCCCGUAUUGGCUGCGCGACGAUCUCAUUGUCGAAAGGACGGCCGAAGUGCACAUCGAGCCAGGGGUGACAAUCAAGGUCGAGCCUCAAGUCGGCAUUACCGUCAGAGGGAUUUUAAACGCUCUGGGCACGGAAGACGAACGCAUCACCUUGACGACGAAAGAUGAAUCGGCGAGGAGUUCCAACCUGCCGGACAUUCGGCUCGUCGACGGUCCGACCAUAUUGUCAGGCAGGGUGCAGCUGAGGGUGAACGGAAAAUGGCGGAGCGUGUGCACAAAUUCGAAAAACUGGACCUCCGCGGACAUGGAAACAGCUUGCCGCCAGCUCGGCUUCCAAGGCGGUACUUUUUCUGGCUGGUACGACCGUCAGAUGCCUGUAAAGUCACGCCUUUUAUUCGAAGAGCCUAAAUGCGCGGGCACCGAGUCCACACUUCUCGAUUGCGACUGGCCCUCCCAUCAAAUGGGCUCGGGGGUGUGCGACUACCACCCCGAUCUGGGUCUCGAGUGCCUACCCCAUCACGAUACGCCUCUGAAGUUUUGGCGCGGCAUCCGUUUCGAACAAGCCCUCAACGAGAACAGACUCGGCCUCCAAAACACCCUGUACAUGCCCGCGUCCCUUUCCUCCCUCCGCUACGUCAACAUUUACUACGCGGGCGUGGGUAGAGAUCAGAACGCCACCAGCGCGUUACACGUCGAAGGUGUACCCCCCUCCAUCGACCACCUGGAGGUCGUAGGUUCCGCCUAUAACGGCGUCAACAUUACCGAUCCCCUGGCGCCUAUCGUCCUGAACAAUUGCACGUUGAGAAGUAACCGAGGACACGGGCUCUUCAUCAAUUCGAGUUACGGUAUGGCACUCGUAAAAGGUUGCGCGAUCAGCGAUAACGGUGGCGACGGCGUAAAGUACGUGAGGGCAGAGGAGCGGCCCGAAGAACGUCAGGAUAAAUUCGGCUACGGCGAUUUUUGCCUGGAGGCCGUCUCCAACAGCCAAGUGUACCCCAUCAAGCUCUACGCCGAACAAAGCCUGUUCAUGCUCAAAGAGCAGCGGUGUGAUAAAGUCUUUAGCACUCGGCAAGGUCAUGUGCUCACUUUGGACUUUGUCCGAGCCGUGACCGCUGUAAACGAGUCCGCCCACUUGGAGGUAUACGACGGUUCAGACUUUAACAACAGACCCCUAAAGGAGUUCGCCGUGAGGAAUAACACGCGACCUCAGUCCAUCACGACCACAGCAAAUCAAAUCUACGUAAAAUUUCACGCCAGACCAGGCACUAGCGUCGUCAUUUUCUUCAGGAUCACGUCGGGUCUGGCCAAAACUUACGAUCUCAACCUCACUGAGUGCGACGUGUCCGAGAAUCGGGGCAGGGGCGUAGCUAUAGAUAACCUACGGUCUCAGAUCCACGUGCAUCGAAGCUCGGUGUCGAAGAACGGUCACGUCGCCGGUAUUCACGUGACCAGCGGCGCGGGCGAGGUGAACGUUACCGAGAGCAGAGUGUCGUUCAACGACGGCGACGGUAUCAAUGUGACCUACACAGGAGGCUCGAGGAACGUGUCCAGGUCUUCGAUAAGUUCCAAUAGAGGUUACGGAGUGGCCGUGUGGCUCAACGAUACUCGCGAGACCGAGUAUAUCUACAUGAAUCAGACCACCGUGGUGCAGUACACUGAGGUGUACAAGAACCUGGACGUGGGCAUUCUCCACGGCAACUAUUGUGGGGAAGCAAUGUUUAACUUCACCGGUAACUCGUUCACGAAUUGUCUCGGCGACGCGCUCGAAGUAUUGGCUUGUUGGAAGCGGAGCGAAGACGCGAUGCCACCCACUCACCUCCAGAUCGGUCAUAAUCGUUUCAUCGGCAACGAAAAAGUCUCGUUGAAACUAUACCCUGCGAUCAACCUGAAGGCGAACAUCGAAUACAACCAUUUCAGACAGGGUACUUACGGAGCGUUGUUAAUCAAGAACGAACCCUUGGAGGAGUUUAACGCGCUCGGUGCCGACGUCGCGGUGCAGCAAAACUAUUUCCUCAACAAUACGGGGGUGUUCGUAGCAAAUUUGGCGCUCUCGCCGUACUCUGACAGGCAACGUUUACUCUUCACCAGGAAUUUCGUGAAAAACAACAAAAUUACGGAACCGUUCCAGCCAGAGGACGGGUCAGUGUCGAAACUAAACACGAGGAGUAGGAUGGCAGCGCCUGUGGUGGUCGGGUCUAGUAACGUCGACAUUUUUCGCAACAUAAUCGAGAAUCCUGACUCCAGGUACGAGAUCGGGAGCCACCUGGAGGACCAGAGCAAAAUUAUCAACGCCACUUACAACUGGCUCGGGUUUGCCAACGAUCAGUACGUGUUCCAUCGGAUUUUUCAUCGUAACGACAGGUAUAACCUGGCCAAGAUCAGUUUCAUACCAUUCUUGCUGCACAAUUCCAACCCCCUCACCACCAAGACCAACCCUUAUCAGCUCUACGUGCCCAAAUUCCUCGCCUCGAACUCCGAUCGCGUCGGUGGCGAAAUCGAAGGCGAGGAAUAUCUUUCCAAGGGAGAGUACGUGGUCGAGAGAGACAUUACCAUUAGACCGGGUGGCAAGUUGACGAUUGAGCCAGGAGUGUUGUUACGUUUCCCUCCUUCCAUCGGGAUGAUGGUGGGCGGUAAGUUGGAAGCGCGGGGCAUCCAACCGGAUAGCAUAAAGUUCACCCUGAAGGAGGAAGUCAGAUUCGAAAAUGUCACAUACGCGGCGGAAGACGGGCAAUACGAUGCGGAGACCGAAAUCGUAGAGAUAGAACCAAAGAUUCCUGUGCGAUUACUAGGAGGCGUGGCCGAAACAGAAGGCCGACUCCAAGUGAAAGUGAACAACCAAUGGGGAACUGUUUGCAAUUACGGUUGGACUAUGGAGAACGCAGCGUUGGUCUGUCAGCAGUUGGGCUACGUGUUGAACCCGGACGAUUGGUAUUUGGAGAGGAGCGAAGUUCCUUCGGCCGGUACUGCUGAGCCGGUGAUCCUUUCGAACGUUCGUUGUACGAAAUUCGACUUGGAUAUCACGCGGUGUCGAUCCGAAACGUCGGAGGACUUUUCAAAUUCUUGCGACCACGAGAACGACGUCGGACUGAGGUGCUACAAGAGUUCGUGGGCAGGACUUCGUUUUGGCGCCCUCGCCGAACGUUCCGACUUGCAGUUCGUCACCGUUGAGCAGGCCGGGUUGCUAGACUACGCGACGAACACGUUCAAACCCGCCCUGCAGCUGGACUUUGCUCGGCAAAACUUGGAGAACGUCCGCGUCGCGAACAACUUCUAUCACGGUUUGGGCGUGACGUACUCGAACAUAUAUACUGACGAUUCGGUAAACUUCGUUAAGAACUCAGAAUUUUUCAACAACAAGGGCGCCGGUGUCAGCAUCAAACAGUUGGGGCUGACGCUGCAUAACAACCGAGUCGAAAACAACUUUGUCGGCAUCGACCACAAUCCUCAGAUCACGAACCUCCAGCAACGCGAAUUGGCCGGUUGGUUUAUCAAGAACGACGAGGAGACCCAUUACGAUCCCUUUUCCGUCCCGGAAAGAUCUGACGCCGACACUAUAGAAAUAAACAUAGGCCAAACCAAGUACUUGGUAACGACCGGAGUGAAGGGGGCGGAUAUCCGACGAAGUUACAGGAUCACUUGCGAGCCUGGGUGGGUUUUGGGUCUGCAACUACUGAAUCCUGUGGAAAACAGGAGUACGGAGCACUUGGUGGUGAACGACGCGUUCUCACCAAACCCCAAUGCGGCAGCGUGGGACUUGAAGCGAGACUUGGGUGUCUUUCCGACCACCUCCAGCGCUCAUGGCGUAAUAAUCGACUACGAGAGUGGUUUAGACGCAGUAGGCGGGGUCGUUCUGGUAGUUACAACGAUAAGAGCUCCCGUGCAGAACGUCUACAAUCGUAUAGUCAAAGGUCCGGUGCCUACUCUAACCGUAAAAGGCACUACCAUCCGGAACAACAUGGUCGGAGUGCGAGCAUCAUAUUACAACCGCUACCUCGACGAGCUGGGCAACCAUUACCUCCGUAGCGCGAACGAGUCUAUCAAAAUCGCCGACUGCGAUAUUUCGCGAAACGUCCGCGAAGCGCUGUUCGUCCACUCGCCCCAUUGGGACUUGCACCCUAGCAACUUGUCGGAGGUAACGUUUACGAUUAACAGAACCACGAUAGCGGACAACGGAAUGGGCGUGGUGCAGUUCUCGCGCGACAUGAGGUCGUCCAAUAACCUCUUCCACUACGUCAUGCAAGACAACACGGUCGAGAGAAACAAAGGUGGCGGAUUUCGAGUCGCGCUUCCCUACGUCUGGAAGUACAACGAAAACUUCACACAUUCGGUGUUCAUGGACAACAACACUUUCGUCAAUAACCGCAACUUCGGCGUCGUAAUCGACGGCCACUACGCCGUAGUCAAUUUGACCAAGAACGCAUUCCGCGAAAAUAAAUGCGAAACGGGAUUGUUGGCGGUUAAAGGUAUGGAGAAGAAACUCCUGGUGCGCGGAAACCGUUUCCUGGAGAACAACUGUCAAUUCGUCAUCGAGUUCGGCUGCGACAGUCAGUCGGAAAUCCUCGGGGAGGUUCCCGCCUCUUUUGUCUACAACGAGUUACGCGGUAAUCGACUCAUCAUGAGCCGCUCAUCGUUCGGAGUCCUCCAGGUCCGGGACGAUCCCACUUUCGUGCUUGGUUUCAAGGGCGUCCAAAAGGUCAACGUCAAUAGGAACCUUUUCGCCGGAAACACCUUGAGGUACGACCUGAUGGCCGGAAUCAAGACCGCUCGGGUAGACAACUAUCUCAACGCACAAGAGAACUGGUGGGGUACCACUUCAGAGACCGAGAUUGUGUCCAGAAUAUUCGACUUCGAUGACUGGAAUGACCACGCGGUAGCCUCCUUCAGACCGUACCUCCUCGAAGAAGAUUUCCUAGCAAGUUAUUCGUCGACGUACAGCAACGCGGAGGCGUCUUCCGUCGACGUUAACGACCUCAAAGGUCGGUUGUAUCAAGACCUAACUCUCGUGGCCAGGGACCGCUCCUACGUCAUUCAGUCGGAUGUCACUGUCAUGCCUAACGUCACAUUGACCAUACACCCGGGGGUAGUGAUGGAAUUCGCCCCAAACGUCGGCCUUCUUGUUCUGGGAACGUUGAACGCUGUUGGUUACGAGGGUAAACCUAUCGUGAUGCGUCCCGUUAUGAAGUCCGGCAACCUCGUUACCGACGAGACGCUGAAGAGGAGGAAACGUCGCGAGUUGGAGCUCGUCGGACAAGAGAAUAUCCGCCUUUGCGAGAACCGCGAUUGCAUGAGCGUCACCGACGAGGUGCCCCACGAAGGUUUCCUGGAGUACUUCAACCGUACCACGUUGCAAUGGAUUCCGAUGUGCGAUUCCAGAUUUACCGAAAGAAACGCGGAGGUAGUGUGCCGCGAGUUGGGUUUUGACCCAUUGGACGCGUUCUUUGACUUCGAUGUCCGCGUAGACUUUCACAGCAACUCGCUGUCGCGCAUAUGGACGUGGCCGGAACCGUUACAGUGCAAAGGUACCGAGAGACGCUACGAAGAGUGUCCCGUACGCUUGAACGGACAGCAGUUCGGCCAUAGGCACCGGUGCCAUUGGAACGGCAGGUUCGUCUUCAUCAAGUGCAGCCGAAGACUGCCCGGUUCGGCUCAAGGUUAUUGGGGCGGAGUCAGGUUCGCCGAGGGCGACUUUGAGCGAAGGUCAUACUCGCACCGCAUCCACGACAUACGUACCCAUACCGAUUCCCGCCCCCAAGAAUCCACCAUGAAGUUUGUGCGUGUCCUAGGGGCAGGGAUUUUGCACAAUGAAAAGUCACCGGCUGUGCAGAGCGUGGUCAAGAGUCCCGUCGUGCAGUACGUGAACGUCAUCGCAUCGGCGUCGCACGGUAUUAACGUUGUCGGACCUUCGGCUACGAUGAACCUAUUACGGAACGAAGUGGUAGGGUGUCGAGGAGUGGGCGUCAACGUGGUGUCGUUGUUCGGUGAGGGUAGAGAAUCGGAAGAGUCGAGUUUUACGCCGCUGAGGGGGAUGAACUUGCCUUACAAUUUGUUCGGAUUCGUCGACGUGUGCGACACCCAAAAGGAAGUCGUGGUCGAGGAUCGACUACUUGUAUAUUAUAAGUACGACAACCAUCCGGUUAGUUGUGUGAAGAUUUUUAGAAGCGCGUUCGCGGUAAAACCUGUGGGAAUGAGGUUCUUGCAGUUUAAUUUGUUCAACUCGUCGGUGCCUCACGGCAUACCGGACUUCGUGUCUCUGCACGACGGCGACAUUUAUAACGUGUCGUCUAAACUGAUCGACGUCGUCACCAUGACUUCAGGGAACGACAGGAAGUUAUUCAAGUCGGGGUUACCGAGUUUGAGCGUCAAGUUGUUCGCCAACGGAGCUUCGUCCGAUCACGGCUUCGUAGCCGAGAUCGUGACGUUACCGAUAUCGGCUAUAGCGUUCAACAGGGACGUGCAGCAUAAUAUAUCGAGCAGCGUCAUCAGCAACAACACGCAGGGAGCGCUUCUCUACGUCGGUGCCGGCGAGGUCAACCCCAUCAUCACCAUCGAGCGGAACCAGUUCAGGGACAACUGCCGGAAACUCUACGGCAACUUCAGCACCUGCAGAUCGGCGAUCGAAAUAGACGUGCAGAACACGCAGACAGUGUUUUUCAGGAGCAACUUGGUGGAGCGUAACCAGGGUGGCCUCUACAUCAAGGCCGAUUCCAGAGGAUCAGCGACCGCGAUGCAAGGCUGGAUCCACAACAACCUCUUCGUCAACAACUCCCAUCUGCCGACGCUGUAUGUGGAGGGACGCCAAUCGUCUCCGUACCAAGAGGUGACCGUUUACCGGAACUAUUUUACGCGGAACCGCGCGGAAUAUCACAACAACAUUGUGCUCAAGCGCGUCGUGUCGAACUUCACCUACAACUACGUGAAAAGGAACGUCGGGUUACAAAACCUCGAGGUAUCCGGAUUCGAUAGGGUACGACUAAACGUUUACCAAACGACCACCCAUAAUGGAUUCUACAACAAUUAUGCGAUCAAGAGGGAGACCAAGUCCACCAUUGUGGCGGGUACUGCCGGACAGCACUACGUCGACAACAUAUUCUUCGACCCUGACAACGAUUACGAGAUCAUCACGGUGAAUCGUUCGCUGUUCGAAUUCAACAGCACUUUCCAACUGUGGGAUACGAAAAUCGACGCCGCUUACAACUACUGGGGUUUCAACACGACUUUGGCGGUAAGGGGACGUGUCAAGGACCAGAGUGACGACCCGACCUUGCUGGAAGUUAUCUCCGAGCCGUUCUACAUGAACAACCGCAGCAUACUGGGUUCCAAGUGUCCCCCCGGCUGGGACCUGGUGGGCGAAACUUGCUACAUGUACGUCGGCGCGCCUAUGACUUUCCGCGAAGCCAAAUCUUUCUGUCAGACUGACAACGCGUCUAUGCCGUACCUCGUGGGCAAUAUCAAUUACAUGGCAUUAUACGACUUUUUGAGGAGACAGUACCAGUGGCACUUGUACUCGGACAGGGUGUGGGUGCAGCACAUCGACAGAAUCAACGAGUGCACCAUCUUUGCGUAUCAGACUGUCGAGGUGGACGAUUGCGAACGGAGAAGCCCGUUUAUAUGUGAAAUAGAUCCUAAAGUGACGAUCCGGAUCCUACCUCUGGCGAACGAUACCGUCACCCUCGCCGUAUUCGGCAGCUUAGCCGUCGCUCUCGUCCUCAUAGCCAUCGUCAUAGCGUUCUGGUGGAGCAAGUCAAAGUACCGCAAGGCGCAACGUCUCGAGCGCCGCAACAGCAUCCGUCAAAGCCUGCACUCGCUCCGCUCCGUCGGUCUACCACCAGGUUCUUUCAACGACCCCGGGUACCGUAAAAAGGCGUCUCAGAUGAGUACGCGGUCGACGGACACCCUGACCAAAAACAGCGACUACAAGAAGAUCGUCAGCAACGGCUCGAUCGAUAGCAUGGAGAAGUACAAUUCCUCAAUCGACGAUAGUACUUCGUACGAGACUACCGGCACCACCACCACCAAUCCGAAUCCGUCCGCAUUCGCGUACUUGCCAGAGUACCAAAAGUCACCGUCGCGGUUCGACAACCAAUACGCGGGAAUCACUCCUCCGCGGUACGACCUGGCGUUUAGGAACGAAGGAUUCAAGGAUACGUCGACGUUCGGGACAGCCUCGCGCGCCGACAGCCUCGUCCAAGAAGACAACGGGUACUACUACGAUUCGGACACGUUGCCUCUCCGAGACGACGUUAGAUCGAAUGGUCUGGUGGGUGAACUGAAGGCAAAACUUCCCAAACCGCCGACUCCGCCCAGGAAGUACUCCCCGACCUAUUCGGAACGUCUUCAAGAUCUCAAGUAUAGCCCAGAUUUUAAUACGGUCGGUUUGGCCCACCACCCGGAUCACCUGGAGCGCUCCAAGUCUGCGGACUUCGAUGGGGAGCAGCGACAACGCAAAGGGAGGGCCAAGAGCGAGGCCCUAUUGGAGACUAAUUUCGAUUACGUGCCGAAGAGAGACGACGACUGCGCGCUCGACCAGAAUCGACCAAAUCUGAGCAAGAGUAAGAGUCAACCGCUGGAAACAGCGAUGUGAGGUCGCAUUUCGCAGGGGAGGGUAGGCUUAGCGCAACGCUGCUGAAACAAACGAAUGUGAUACUAGAUUUUUACCUAGGUUGUUGUUUGUAUAUAUAGGUAUAUCGACUUUUUAUAUAUCGAGACUUUUUUUAAACAAAAUCCAAUGUGUUCCCAAAGUAACGUAUUUUUCCUAGAAUAAGAUUUUUUCGAAAUAAAUUUUCGAGUUGUGA